CGUAAUGUUCACGCUUUACUCACGAUUUGUACGAUUCACAUCAGACUGACAGCAAAGGUAUAAAAGCACCGGCGAUCAAAGUCAAUAUCACUUCAACUGCUGUAAUGGAAACAUUGAAACAUGGCAAGAACAAAGUGAUCAGCCAACAGGAAGAGGGUGAGAUCACCCACCUGACCACCAGAAGACAGCCAGGAUGCGCUCUCUCAGGACGAGCCUCCACAAUCAAUGGAGGAGCACUUAGACACUGCUGUGGGUUCCGCCAAGAAGCCGAGGGUAGUGGUGAAGCUGACCCCAGCUGAAGAGACAGACAUGGUCGACUUCAUACGAGACAACCCCUGCCUCUACAACAAAAAGUUGAGAGCGUUGACAGAACGACCCUUGAAAGAGAAACUGUGGCUGGAUCAGGCAGAGAAGCUUCAUAGGACAGUUGCGGAAAUAAAGACCUGGUACGAAAGCAUCAGGACGAGGCUAGGCAGGCUGAAACGGACCAAGUCGGGGGAGGGGGAUGUGGAACUCUCCGAGAGAAACCAGUGGAUUUAUGACAGCUUCAGUUUCCUCUGUCCACAUAUAAUCGAGGUCCAGAGACGUAAUAUGGUGUCCCUCAAGAAAAAGAUUGCUGCAGCUGCUGGGGCCUUCUUCAACACUGUCAUGCCCACCAACGACAGGGAGAGGAACACUUUCUGCAAUUGCAUUACGGCUGGUCUUCUACCCAGAGACCUUUACAGGAAGGCCCAGAGUGAUAUCUGGAACCUACUCGAGCGUUACAGACAGCAGCAGGAGUCCAGGGAGCAAGCCAGCCAGCAGACAGCACAGCCAGCUAAUUAUUUGCAGCAGCCACUGCCACAAAUUCACCCUCAGCAUUCUUUCCAGACGCCAGAUGGGUACAGCAACAAUGUGGAGAGCAGCAACAAUGUUGAGAGCAGCAACAAUGUGGAGAGCAGCAACAAUGUGGAGAGCAGCAACAAUGUGGAGAGCAGCAACAAUGUGGAGAGCAGCAACGCCCGGUCGCAUCACCUGCAGAACCUCAGUCCCAGUCGACGUCACAGCAACAAAGGCCUGGCAGUUGCCCAACUGUGGUUUGCACCAGUACACCCACCAGUGGCGUCAAAGACCGGUUCGACUCCACCUUUUCCAACCUGUCAAGAGUUAUCAGAAGAUUAA